AUGAAGGCACUGCCAACACCACCAGGACACUAUCAUCAACAUCUUCCAUCAGUGGAAUCUACAAAGGAAUCGAGGGAUGCUCAUAUUCAACAACAAGAACAAAUAUGCAACUUUCAAAAAGGUUUUAAUAAUAAGGAGAGCGAAGUUUCUUCCCACUCAGAGAUCAAUGUUUUGAUUGAGGAAUAUCAACAUAAUCAGGGGUCUACUAAUGAAGACUCUUAUGAACAGUUAAGCUCACCUUCUACAACUUCACAAACGACUGAUGAAGUUCUUCCUUCUCCUCAAAUACCAACUCGACCAAUUCCCAUUAUUCCAGAUCCAAUUCCACUUAUUGUUAUUGAUCACGUUGAUCCUCCUUCAGAAAAGAGCAAUAAGAAAGAAGAGCCAUUUCAGAUUCCAUUUCCACAAUUUCAAAUUCUUCCCAACUCGUUGGUAACUGAAGGUUAUUCCACUUCUCAUAUGAAUACUCCACAAAAUAUUAAUCCAAUGUUGUUAAGUGCAAGUCAAUUAGAAGUUGUUUCUAAUGUCGAUUAUGAAAUGUAUUCACAGGAUGAAUUUAGUGAAUAUGAUGAUCAGUCAGCUGGGGUUCUAGAUAUGAGUAAUUUGGAGCCUCAAGAUGAAGAUGAUACAGGAUUAUCUUCAAGAACUGUGAGUCCUCCAGAGUGGAAUCUUGAUCAGAUAGAUGAUUUCGACGAAGAAGAAUUCUACAUGGAUGAAGAAUAUGCCAUCAUUGAUAAAUUGGAUAGUUCAAUAUUCGAAAUUGAGGAAAAGAAUAACUUGGAAAUUGAUUAUAAGAGAAUCAGAUUGAUAAAGGAAUUGAAAAAGACAGAAAUUAAUUAUCUGAAAACACUAUCCACUUUUCAAAUUUACUAUAUUAAUCCACUGAAGGAAAUGAAACAAAGUAUUGUCCCUAAGGACUUUCUUCAAAAAGCCAUCGGUGAAAUGGGUAUAAUUUAUAGAGUCAAUAAGAUGUUCUAUGACAAGUUAGAUCACAUUAUUGACAUUCCAGAAACUGAUGAAGACAGUGUACUUUACGAGUAUUGUAAAAAUAGAACAAAUAAUAAUAUGGAAAUUGAGCUAGCAAAAGAAAUUUCCAAGUUUGGCCAUACAUUGAAACUCUACAUUGGUUACAUUACAAAAUAUAAGAGUUCAAUAGAACAAUUAAAUAUCGAGAAGAAGAAGAACAAAAAGUUUGAAAGAUACUUACAAGAAGCAUUUCUUAAUAUUGCAAAGGAUGGAUUGAUUCCUUCACCUCCAAGUUCUUACUUGAUUGCUCCAAUUCAAAGAAUUCCAAGAUAUCAAUUACUACUUUCAGAAAUUGUUAAAUGCUCCAAACAUUUACCAGAAGUUCAUGAAUUAUUGGCUAAGGCAACUGGAGGAGUUGUAAGUGUUGCCGAGUAUUGCAAUGAGAAGGAGAGAGAAAUUCAGAAUAUGACCAAGAUGCACAUCUUAUCAAAGAAGUUGAGAAAUAAGAUGAUUAUUCAUCCUUCAAGAAAGUUCCUUUCUGAGGCUCUUUUUGAUUUUAAAAAGAAGGGAAGAAGUGGAACUGUAACUUUGUAUCUAUUUUCUGAUAUUCUUUUGGUUGUUGAGAGGGGAAUUGUUCAGAAGUCUAAAAUGAUUCCAUUCAAUGCUGAGAAUUUACUCAAAUUUGAAGAUCAUGGAAUAUACAAAUUUUUAAAGCAGGGUGAAAAUAAGAUUUACACACUCACUCCUAAGAAUGGUGAUAAGGCACAAAAGGAAUUCUUUGAGGCAUUCUCAAAUAUGUUAACUAACAUGUUAAAUAGUGCUACUACCCCUACUACUAGUGAAGUAAAAUAA